AUGAUCCUAAAAGCAUCAAUUUUCCUAAUCCUUGCGGUUGCCACAUUCGGUGCCAUUUUGGAAGACUCAGAAUUGAUGAAAGUGGUCGAAAAUUGUGUCAAAAAAACCAACGCAAAUGAAUCGGAAUUUUCCAGCCCAAAUUUCCUCGAAACAACGCCGUCUCAACCAGCUUUGUGCACAGCUAAAUGUCUUUUAGAAUCUCUCGAAAUCGUAAAUUCCGAAGGCAAUAUUAACAUGGAGACUUUAAAAGAAUACGCCCAACCUUUUGAGAGCCCAGCUCGCGAGGCUGUAGCCACAUGUGGCGAAGAAAUCAAGAGUGUUACCACCUGUGACGACAUGGAAAAGUACAGGAAAUGCGUGGAACCACUCAUCAAAAACUCUUAA